AUGUCAAACAAUACGAGAACAAAUGUGAAAUCAACUGAACAUUUAGUGACUACUUAUUAUCCAUUAGUUUUAGUUAUUAUUGGUACUUUAUUGAAUCUUUUAACAUUAAUUAUUUUUUAUCGUUCAACAUUUCGAAAUACAAAAAAACAACCAAUAAUACAUUAUAUGCGUGCAAUAGCUAUAUUUGAUAUUUUUAUGUUAUAUGGAUGGAAUCUUGAUCAUUAUCUUUCAAGUAAACAUGGAUUUAUACUUUUAACAUAUUCAAUAGUAACAUGUAAAAUAUUUGGAUUUUUAAAUUAUGUUGCUGGACAAUCAACAGCUUGGCUUCGUGUAUUUAUAUGUUUUGAUCGAUAUUUAUUAUCUAGUCGUCUUCGUCGUCCAUGGUGUAGUCGUGAAAAAGGUGUUCUUAUGAUUAUUUCAUGCAUUAUUAUCCUUGUUACUCUAUUCAACUUCCAUUUCCUUAUUUUUGCUUGCUUUUAUCGACCAAAUGGUACAAUUAAUCCUAAUGCUCAAUUAUAUCAAAUUUAUCCAUUAUGGAAUAAUAUUAAUUUAGGUGUUUAUAAUUGCAUACCAUUUAUAUUCAUGGUAAUAUUCAAUAGUGGUAUUAUCUAUCAUUUGAUUAAACGUCGUCAUGUACGUAUAAUUCAACAAUCACAAAUUCAACAUCGAACUAUAUCAAUUACUUUGGUUAUUACAACAUUUCUCUUUUUAAUAAUGACUAUUCCAGCAACAAUUGUUGCUGCAUUCUUCUUUACUACACGUACAACUAGUCUUGCAAAAAUAUUAGAUUCAAUUCUUUAUACAUAUCAUAUAACAUCAUUUCCUCUUUAUUUGACCACAUUUAAGGAAUUUCGAUGGGAAUUUAUCAAGAUGGUCACUUGUAAGAAUAAUAAUCGAAGAAUUGUACCGGCGCAAGUUGCUAUUGCUAUAGUAAGAACACUCAAUCAAUUAUAA